AUGACCUCCCUUGUGUUCGGUCUUAGGUGCUUAGGUGGAUGCUCCACCGUGUAUUAUGAUGGGAAAUUAGGUGAUGAUGUUCACCUGCAAGAUCUUCGAGGCACAAAGAUCAUUAAGAAAUUUAAAGGUACUAUGGCUAAUAGAGCUGAAUGCGAGCGUGUUUUCAGGCGCUUUGAUGUGAAUGGCGAUGGCAAGAUCUCGUUGUCUGAGCUUGCAGAUGCUCUCAAAGUGCUAGGCUUAACUUCGCAGGAGGAAGUUCAGCUUCGAAUGGCAGAGAUUGAUAAAGACGGUGAUGGCUUUAUUACACUUGAAGAGUUAAUUGAAUUUCAAAAAAAUAACACUAGCUUGAUGGCUGAAGUUUUGAAGAAACUGUAA